AUGCGAAAUUCUAGGAAGCCCGGGCAUGAUUACGGAAAUUCAAGCCUUUUGAAGGCGUUAUACAAUCAAUACGAAAGAUGGAGUGCCAAAAUUAUUAAACACCCCAGGGUUAACAUCGUUUUACCUCUAUUAAUAGUAAUACUAUUGUCUUAUAACUCAAUUUUGCACUUUCGAAGCUCAUCGCCUACAAAUGUUUAUAUUGGCAGAGGACAGCUAAUUAAUGAAGGAGCGCAACCUGGUGGUUUCAAAAUUGAUCGUCAAUUGACAAUGAUACAGGUUUGGGUAGAGUCUAUAAAUGAAGACAACAAUAUACUUGGGAAAAAAUCGUUAUUAGAAUGCCUGGCGUUCCAAAACAAGAUUACAAAAGGGAUCCCAGAAGGAACAGCAGUGAACUCUCCAUUUGAGAUCUGGGAUCAAUCUCUAGAAACUCUACAAAGAGAUCGUUCUCCAUUGCAUACCAUCAACGCCAACAAAGUUGACAUGCCACGUUACUCUUUCUUCAAGACAUGGAAAGUAAAUGGUUAUAUCACUUCCGCGGCAGGUUUCAUCAUUUCUGUGCUUGCUGAGACUAAGGAAUUUUCAAAGGUUCAGCGGGUGUUGUCUGAUAACAUUGAGAUUUUGAACACCAUUUCGAAUGUUACUUCGUUCCACAUAUUGGCUUCCGAUGGGGCUUCAAAGAUAAGAGGUGAAAGUGAACUCGCUGAGACGUUUAGCUUUUCAUUCAUAACACUCAGUAAGACGUGCAACUUACUAUUACUACUUCUGCACGUUUUGCUGAUAUUUUACAUCAUCGGAUCGAUUAGAAGGCACAGAUUCUCAAUAAAAUCCAUCACUGGAAUUACUAUUGCUAUGCUGACUCAAAUUGUCCUUGCAAUUACUUCCUCAUUAACAGUCACCAAUCUUAUUUUCAAAGUUUCAUAUGAUAACGUUCCCAUCCGCCUCUUUACCUGGCCAAUUACUAUAAUUUUAUCGAGUUUGCAAUUGCGUGCGAUAGCUGCAGUAUCACAGUCUACAACAGUUGACGACGACCACAUCGUCGAUGAGCCUGCAGCAGAGUUUGAGCACUCGACGCAGGAAGACAAUGGUUUCAACGGAUGCUUCAAUGUUUGCCUAUCGAGGUCACAUUUCCAAUCGAUGAAGGGAUCCGUCGUUUUCUCGCUAGCCGUGCUCUUUCUCUUUCCGUUCAGCAGAAGGAUGACCCAUUUCAUGCUGCUUUCCUUAUGGAUAGGUCAUUUCUUGCAGUUCACUUUCUUUUCAGCCGUAUUGAGCCUCGACUUCAGAAGAUUGGAUGGAACUGAUUUAGUCGAAAACUUCGAAAGUGACAUACGGCUGGAUGACGAGGUUAUAGAUAUUUCCAAAAGGAAAAGCAACAUCUUUGUCAUACUUACAUCUAGCAGAGUAACUAGCCUGGUUUCGGUAUUGUAUCUGAUUCUUUGUAAUCAGCGUUAUUCAUCAGUACGACCUUCAUCAUCCAUACUUUUCAAACUAUUCACCUAUGGAUGGCGUCGAGUAUUCGAAUUCAGAAGACCAUUUUCGAGGGCCAUCUUCGAUCAAAAUUUCGUCGCUGAAUAUGCUUUUGGUUCGACCACCGGAUCAGAUUCUCUGGGAUGUAGAACCGUCACACUUUCCAUGGAAAGUCCAUUACUGACUCUCAAAAGCAAAAAUAAGACUUUAUCAAGAGAGGCAAUUCAAUCCUCCUACAAAAGCCUUUUUAUUACACCAUCAUCCACAUCAUCGUACAAAAUUGAUCUCUAUUAUGCCCUCCAGUUCCUCGUUUUCAUCAUCCUUGCCCUUUCAUGUACACUGCUGCUACUUCAAAAGCUGAUGGAGCGGCUCGAUAUUGCCAAAACUGUCAAUUUAUUUGAUGGCGGCUCAAACGCAAAGCAUGGGAUCUCACGUAACUCCAAUGUAAAGAAUAAGGAGGAUUCAGUGGGCGACCCUCAUCUAAAGGAUCAGGUGCAAGUUACUACGACAGAUCAUUUCCAUAUGAAAGAGCUAUACCGAGGCGGUCACAGCUUAGAUAUCAUGAUGAUUGCUACUUCUAAAGCGCCUUUUGUGGUAUCUGUGGGUUUGGAUCAUUGCGUAUCCGUGUGGUCGCCUUUAGUUAAUCCGAUCCCCAAUCCGACUAAGAUUGCAUUACCUCGCAAAUUUUGGCCCCUAUCCAAGGUCGUCUUGAGUAACGACGGCAGUUACAUAGCCUUUUUUGGGGAGAAUGGGUUCAUCACUACUUGGUCCAGGAGACACAUGAAGUUUAUCUGGGAGCUGAAACUUAAACAGUCCUCCUAUAGCGAAGAGAAUGUCGCGCGUCCUUUGGAAGCCCUGUUCAGAAAAAUUACUGUUCCAGCAUUCAGAAGCAAACAUCUACAAUCUUUAGCGAAAAAGGCAGAAGCUAGCGGAAGGCGUGCAAGUGUCGCAUCAUCAGAAUUUGUUCCCAUUGUCACUGGGGGGCUGGAUGCCACUUAUGAAAAAGUUGAGCAAAUGCCAAUAGAUGACGAUGAUAAAAAUGAGCUAGUAUUUGUAACACCCGCAGGACUCAUUUACAGUGUUCGUGACGACGGUAACAUUAAAGUAGAGGAAUUGACCUCUUCAACCCAUGGAUUUAAAUCAUGUAAACUUCUAUCCUCGCCAAGAGUGAAUGAUCGGUUGGUUGUAUGCGAUGAAAUUGGGGACUUGUAUAUCGCAACUGUGGUUAACAAUAAAUGGAGAACAAGAAAGUUGGAAGUAAACUACAGCAGAAUUUUGAAACCCGCUCCAAGCUCCUGUGAAUUUAAGACAAUGCAAGAUGAUACUGAUUUUGCACUGACUUCGGCAAGCACUGACCAUACAAUAGAAUUGGUCUCAUUUGUUGGACUGAUCGUUCGCGUCAUUGGCAAGACAGCUGAUUUGCUGGAUGCUCAGACCGGUACCGUGAUAAGAUCUUUUGCGAUAGAUCGUUUCAAACCCAAUUCUUUGAGGGUGUUUCAUGACAGUCCAGUUCAUUGUAAAUUUUGUGGUAGUGCGUCAGUGGCCUCCUUUUCUAUUGCUUACUCAAAUGAGGAGUGUGAGCGCGUUACAAUGCAUACCUAUAAGCUGGAAAGUAAGACAAAAACUAGUAUCUGUCUCAGAGUUGAGCGUGAUUUAAGGGAAAUCCGUUGUUUGGGUAUGGAGUCUGCUAUAGACACCGUCCACUAUAUUUACGACGUUGAAGAUUGGUGUGUUACAGAUAACAACUUGUUAAUUGGAAUUCGUAAGAUUCCACAGCAAAUUGGAUCAACCAAGAUCGGCUCCUCAUCUAUAUCUGUGAAUCCAAACAAUGAGGAAGCUGGCUCCAUAAUGAGCCGAAGAAAAGAAAAUAAGCCUGUUCGAGACGAAUCUUCAGCAUAUCUUGUCCACAACAUUUGGGAAGGGUGGACGAUGUCUGCAACUGGCAAAUUUUCGUUGCACAAGAUUCCAGUGGGUGUGAACGGUCUGGUCUCAGACAGGCUUGGUCCAUUGGCCAAAUUUGGGGCCAAAGCAGUCAUUGUUGGAUUUGCAAACGUCAUGGAUAUGUUCUACAUCGGACAUGAAGAUCUGAUCUUUAGCACUGAAACAGGUGAUGCUUCCAAGGAGGAAACAGGCCUAAGAUUUGUAAAUAAACGAAGGGAUAGGUUUUCUCACAGGAAAUUACCUAUUAACUAUAACAGCUUGUGA